CCGUUGUUAUUACUUAUGAACGUGCAUUAUUACAAUGCAAGGUCAAAGUUACGGUUCAUUCAUUCAUUAAAUUAAAAUUCGAGGGCUUUAUAAGUUGAAUGAAACGUUCGACAAACACUGACACACCAUAGGAACCCGAGAAGAGCUAAUAUCGCAUAGACUUCACCAGGAUUCCCACUGAAGAUCUUUGAAUCCUGACCACAGACCGCAACAUGCAGAACUGGAGAACACUGGCGCCGAUGUUAAAGGUGUCCCGGAAAAGCUUAAAACCAAAUAGAUUGCAACGUAAUCUGGUUUUUACGUUAACAACCGCAAAGAAGAUUCAUCGACCAAAGGCAACACUUUUCAAUAACGCAAAAAGUGAAGGCAGAAUGGAGUUCCCUGAUCACCAAGUAAAGUUUUAUCAGAAUGAAGCAUCUUUAGGUUAGUAUUGAACGAUCAACUGUGAAGCUAGGCUCGAUUUCCACCGUCUCCCGGGUCCGGUCUUUGAUCCUCCCCGAAGAGAGACUCUCGCUCUCUUUCGGGGGAUGAGUGUGGGCUCAUUUUCCCGAACAGCGGCUGGUAAUCGAGCCUACUGUGAAGCCAUAUCAGCAAAAGCCGCAUUGGAAAUCUGAUUAUUCUUUUAAACUAAAGUGAUGAUGAAAAUUCACCAUCGUAUAGAAAUAAACGAGCGCUACCCUGUCCUCAGAUUCAAUUUUGCUUAAAAUGGAUGUAAGGUAUUUUUUUCAGUUUGUGCAGUUAAAAGAACAUCUGAAAAACUCAGACAAAGACCACUAUGAAAGACGUGUCUUUUUUAAAUCAGGGUUUGUAUUUAAGAAACCAACAGGCGUGCCAGCUACAAAGACGCAGUAGAAAUUUUUCUUCAUUUCCUUUCUCUAUAGCUGAUAAAACUCGGAAGUGUUCAACACCUUUUUCUCUAAUAUAUGUUUCUUCAUUAAUUCAUUAUUUCAAUUUUUCCUGAAAGUGGGUGAUUGUCCAACAAUUUCUCUCAGAGAAUUUUACUCGACCUCUUUGAGAGGAAGGUGUUUUAAGCUUAAAAAUCCUCAGUUCUUCAGUAAAAGAAGCGACGAUUCGCAUCCAAGUAGUACUGCUCUUAAUGAGAUUGUCGUUUGUUUUAUAGACAAAGUUCCGGGAAAACUAGAAACUAUGACCAGCAAGCAGAGACUGGAUUUCUUGGUUGCUUCUCCGCACAGUUACAGAGAUGAAUCUGCCCAGCACUACAAAAGAGAUGAAAACAACAGCCAACAGCCAGGUUUUACAAAUAUUACCGCCAUAAAGGGAAAAGGCCUCCAUCAAGGAACUCGGGAACAAAAGAUGCUCAGUGCAGUCAUUUUAAAUUCGUAUUUAUUUUGCUUGAUGAUCUAUCCUUACUUAGAUCUAUUUUUGAAGUGAAAUAUUACGAACAAACCUUAAAUUUACAUUAGGUCAACGAAAAUUACCUUUGCAUUUUAAUUGUCCUUAAAACUAAAAAAGAACUAAAGCGUGUAAUAUCGCAAAACAAUCUACACACAUUUAGCUUACACGCCAACUUUUCCGACUUCAAAAAGUUUCAGCACGACAGCUAAAUAUUCCAAUAUUGAGUCCAAAAAGGAACAGUUAUUUGCAUGCAUCUACGUGAUUCACUUUUUUUGUUCACCCUUCGAGUAAUAAAGUAAGAGUAUCACUUAACAAAUCUACUUCAAGAAUUACUUCAUAAAUUUUCUGGGUGUUGAUUGGAAACUCGAAUCUCGCUACAUUCGCAUCAUCUUUUCAAAACCUUACAAAGAUAAUCUUUCUCAAUUGCUCAGAGGCCCAAACUUCUGGAAUCUCUAGAACAAGUCUCUCAGUAUUUGUCAAAACUACCCUUAAUAAAACGGAAAUGGUAAAAAUCCUCUACUAGGCCAUUUUCUCUUGACUCAAAUUGCUUAAAACUGUUUGGUAACACACAUGUUUACCUGCCAACAAAUUCUCCCAUUUUUUGUUCCUCUUAAGGAAACCCACACGUUCAGGAAAGGACCAAUGAGAAAGAAAUGAGAAAGAGGUUCUUUGAGCAAUAUUUAAGCACUGACGUUUGAUCAUCGAUAUAUCAAUCUGCUUAUUCCUAAAAAAUGUUCAUAAUGUGGGUAUAUUCCUUCACUCUUAAC